AUGCCAGCUCAACCGCUUAUUUUGUCGUCGAGACGAACGAUUUUGAUUGCCAUUUUGGCCCGUUACGAAGAGUUUCUUCAAAACUACCAGCCCGAUAGGGAUUCUAUCGAGGUGGAAACUCGUAUGGCCAAAUUUGACCAAAUAUGCAAGGAUUUGGAGAACCUUCAACAGCAGCUGGAGGACAGUGCAACCACUGCUGAAGAGAUGACACACAAUGCCGCCCUUAGGGAGGAUUUUGAACGGCGAUUGAUUCGCGUUCAAUCGGCAUUGAAAGCGAAAUAUAGAGAAAUUCCGCGCAGCGAAGUGUCGCAGCAAGGAGCCGUAGACAAGGUGAUCGCUGAUCUGCCGGCGCAUGAUGUUUCCACUCGCGGCUGGAACAUUCCUUCGGAAUUUGUUUUGGCUGACCCGCAGUUCGAUAAAUCAGCCCCGAUUGAUCUCAUCCUUGGUGCCCGUCAUUACGCUUCCUUCUUUACGAACGUAAAAUCGCACGAGCUUGCUCCGAACCUUCCAACUAUGCUGAACAGCGUGUUUGGGUGGGUCAUGAUUGGUCCCACCUCUCCUCAGAAUCCUGCAUCUCCGACCGAUUGCACCGCCGCGUCCACAAUCGUCUGCAUGGCAUCCCUGGAGGAGUCUCUCGAACGCUUUUGGAAGCUGGAAGGGUUAAGCGUCAAUGAUCCGUACUCACCUGAUGAGCGGCGAUGCGAAACGUUGUAUAAAGAAACCACUCAGCGCGACGAGUCGGGUCGAUAUAUUGUACGAUUGCCCAAACAGACCGACUUCACGGAAAAGCUUGGCCUGUCUAAAACUACCGCUUUGAGACGCUUCGAGCUGCUGGAGAGGAGGCUAGAACGCAACCCACAGCUCAAGGAAGACUAUCAUGCCUUCAUGAAGGAGUAUUUGGAGCUGGGGCACAUGUCGCUCAUGAACAAAGAUAGUGGGGAUGAACGGGCGUACUACCUACCGCACCAUCCCGUAUUUAAAGCCUCCAGUACCACCACGAAAGACGAGGUGCUUGAUAUUGUGUUGCGAUUCCGCACUUACCAAAUAGCACUUGUGGGAGAUAUAGCUAAAAUGUACCGACAAAUACUGCUGCAUUCUGAUGAUUGUCGAUUGGUGCGCAUAUUCUUUCGAUUUUCGCCGCAAGCUCCGAUCCAAGUAUAUGAGCUCAACACCGUUACAUACGGACUAGCACCUUCCUCGUUUCUGGCUACACGCACACUUAUCCAACUAGCAGAGGAUGAAGGGACUGAGUAUGCGCUUGCACCUGCAGCCCUGAAACGAAACUUUUACGUGGACGACUUCAUUGGUGGUGCCAAUAACGUUCGCGAAGCUGUUCAGCUGCGUAAGGAGUUAUCAGCGCUACUUGCCAAAGGUGGGUUUGAGUUGCGCAAGUGGACCUCAAACAAUCUGAGCGUACUCUCCGGCUUAAGCACCGAGUAUAUCGGCACACACUCAUCGCUGCAUUUUAUACCCAACGAGACGGUCAAAGCACUCGGCAUCUCGUGGAAGCCUGAAUCGGAUGAGCUGUGUUUUGAAUCCAACACUGAGGCUGAUGAAGCCACGUCGACCAAGCGAUCUAUUUUGUCGAGCAUUGCCAAAAUGUACGAUCCGCUCGGAUUGAUAGCACCGGUGAUCGUGCGUGCUAAGAUGCUGAUGCAGGAGCUAUGGCUACUCAAAUCCGGCUGGGAUGAACCUGUUCCUAAUCACAUCUGUAAAAAAUGGAAGGCGAUUCAGAGCGACUGGAAAACGUUAUCCGAGUACAGGACUAACCGUUACGCUCUCUUACCAGAUGCAACAGUAGAAUUUCACACAUUUACCGAUGCUUCUGAGGCCGCCUACGGAGCAUGUGUCUACGCUCGUUGUGAAAACGCGGCGGGAGAAGUCCGCAUCAGCCUAUUAGCUUCGAAGUCUCGAGUGGCACCACUGAAGCGCGUCACGUUGCCGAGGCUUGAACUAAGCGCAGCUGUCCUGGGCGCCCAUCUGCAUCAUCGCGUCAAGGAGGCAAUGCAGAUCGUGUGCGCCGAAUCGUUUUUCUGGUCCGACUCAACAGUGACGCUAAAAUGGAUUGCGUCACCUCCCAACUCCUGGAAGACGUUCGUGGCAAAUCGAGUAGCUGAGGUGCAACACUACUCUCAUCCAAGGCAAUGGAGGCACGUUCCUGGCACAUCCAAUCCUGCUGACUUGGUUUCCCGAGGCAUGUCGGCAGCACACUUCACGCAGAAUCAGCUUUGGAAUAACGGUCCAGAUUGGCUUGUGCAACCUUCGUCCCAUUGGCCCAGCUCAGAUCCAGAACCAAGCGAUGAGGCGGACCUAGAAACACGCCAGUUGCACAACUACUUGCUCGAAAUCUUCUGGGGCCGAGGGGAGCUGUCGGAAUCGUCGAAAAGCUCCAGCCGUCCAGAGUCGGCACCGGCUAUCGUUGGUUUUAUAUAG